CGUAUGUGGUCUUGCUGAGCAAACGUUGAAGAAAACAUGGUGAUGUUGUGAGUGUGGAGACGAUGCUAACCUCUCUGCAGACAGUGCGGCUGGAUAAGCCCUGUCGUCACACUCGUUCCCGGCCUCGGUGUGCUGCAUUUGAAUGAUGCACGCCACUGUUUCUGGAUCCGGCUGGUGCUUUAUGAUGAGAGAGGAGGUCCGGAGCCGAGACAUCGAGAAUAACGGAGCAACACAGCUGACAGGCGGGUCGACCAACACACGGUCGCAUGUUGUGUGUCAGAGUCGAGUCUUGUGUGGUCGCAGAGCUAACGACAGGAGGCUGGGAUAGACGGGGACACAUCCGAGAGGAGGCAGGUGGGCCAGAGAUGGGAAAUGACACCGCACUGCUCCAAAAUCCGCCCGAGCGAAGGAGGGUAGCCCUUCAGGCAAAAUAUCCCCGGAGAGAAAUCAGUGUUUGGUAAACGCUGCUCUAACACACACCUUUUUACUACACUGACUCUCAGACAGUGCCAACGUUUGGUUUCGCUGUGUUAUUUCUGUCCCAUCACUUUGCAGACAUGUCCUUCACAAUGGAGGAUAAUUUGGAGUCGGGGUGGGUGGCCGUCCGCCCUAAUGCGUUUGAGGAGAAGGAGAAGCAUAAAUUUGUGUUCAUCGUCGCCUGGAAUGAAGUGGAGGGUAAAUUUGCCAUUACGUGUCACAACAGGACGGUGCAGAGGAGAAGCUUUGGCAGGGACACACCGGCGGAGGCGACUGGUCAGGAUGGGGACAAAACAAAAUGGCUCGAAAGUCCCGUCAGGGAUAAAGUAUCCAAGAGCCCUAGCAAGGGAGCCAAGGAGGCUGUGGUGAAAGGCUACAGCCCUAAAACCAAGUCCACAACAAAACCAAGCCCUGUCAAAAUCCAGACAUCUGCAGCAUCCCCUGAUAGUCCUGAUACUGAGGUGUUGAAAGCACUAAGAGAGGACCAGCUGUCCCCAUCACUGGACAGCUUGGACCUGGAGGAGCUGGACGGUCUGGGCAGGGAGGACUGCAGCUGGGCCGGACUCUUCUCCUUCCAGGACCUCCGGUCCAUCCACCAGCAGCUGUGCUCGGUGAACUCGGACCUGGAGCCGUGCCUCCCGGUGUUUCCGGAGGAGCCAGCCGGGAUGUGGACGGUGCUGUUCGGCCCGGCGGAAGUGCCCGAGACCGAGAUGGAUGAGCUCUGCUACAGUUUACAGAUGUACCUGGGCCACGCGCUCGAUAUAUGUGGGUGGAAGAUCCUCUCGCAGGUGCUGUUCACGGAAAGUGACGACCCGGAUGAGUACUACGAGAGCCUGAGCGAGCUGAGGCAGUCCGGGUAUGAAGAGGCGCUGAACCGUGCAUCAAAACAUCUGCAAGAGCUGCUGGAUAAGCACAAGACCAUGGACAGUAUGGUGGAGCUGCUGGAGCUCUAUGAGGAGGAAGAUGACGUCUACGGAGGCCUUCUGGAAGCCUCCACACAGCUGUACCAGUACCUGCUGCAGCCCUUCAGAGACAUGAGAGAACUGGCAAUGCUACGCAGACAGCAGAUCAAGAUUUCCAUGGAGAACGACUACUUGGGUCCAAGGCGGAUUGAUGCUCUAAAAAAGGAGGACUCUGACUGGCAGAAGAAAGCUCAGGAGGCAGUCCUCAACAUCCAGGAGUUUACUGUAAAAUACUUUGAGAUCACUGCCAGAGCCCAGAAAGGGGUGUAUGAGCGUAUGAAGGUGGACCAGCGCAAGUUUGGUAAAUCUUCAUGGACAGCUGCGGUGGAGCGCAUGGAGAGACUCCGCUAUUCUGUGGCCAAGGAAACUCUGCAGCUCCAGAGAGCCAGGGAGAUCUGUCUGGAGCAGAGGAAACACACACUUCGAGAUGAGAUGCAGAGUCUAUGUAGCAGUGAAGAUGCCAUGGUUCUCUUAGACCAAAUGGAGACACAGUACUAUGAGCUCCAGCUUCAACUUUAUGACAUCCAGGCUGAGAUACUACAGUGUGAAGAGCUGCUCCUCACCGCUCAACUAGACAGCGUUCGCAGACAGAUGUCAGAGUGUCAGGAUGAGGUUGUGUACUAUGACACCUUUGAAAGUGCAGAUGAUAUAAAAGAAGAUGAUACUGGUGAGAGGGAAGAGCUGAGCAGACUUCAGGUCAGCGCUCGACAGCUGGAGGCAAGAAGGGGCCGCAUCACUGCCAAGCGCUCCUAUCUGAGGAACAAAAGGGAGAUCUGUGUAUCCAACCACACUCAGAAACAGCAGAAACGUCAAACCAUGUACAAGGACUCCAUAUCCCACCAGGUCUUACAGCUGAAAAAUGACGAUGAGGAAGACGAGGAGAGGAAGAACAGCAGAGUUAGUCAAGAGAGACAGAGAACUCUGGACAGACUACGCACUUUCAAGCAGCGGUACCCAGGUCAAGUGAUUCUGAAAUCUACUCGUUUACGCGUGUCCCACACCAGAAGAAGAGAGCGCGGGAGGAGCAUGGAAAUGUAUAGUGUGAGUGAGAGGGAGGAACAUGCAGACACAGUCCAGACACAGGGCCAGCCGUUGUGUCUCAGCACCAGUGUGCAGACGGACCCCAGCUCCACGCUUACCACUCAGCCCGUCACAGUCCUCACCGCGUCCCUUCCUCCUCUGCCUGUGCCCAGUCCUGCAGACUCCUCCUGCUCUCCCUGCUCUCUGUCCUCACUGCUGGCAUCCCCCAUGUCCCCUCCUCCUCCACCUCCACCUCCACCUCCCCUUCCGACAAAGGAGGAGUUGUCGCCCUCUGGGAGCCCGGGUCGGCACGGGCACAAAGUUGAGGGGAAGAGUGCAGGAGAAGAGCUCUCCCUGUCCCCACUCGGUCCAUUUAUCCCUCGCUUCUUUGACAGCAGCCAACUGUUGAGCGCCCGGAAAAAGCUGAAGAAGACUCCAGCAUUUGACUCCCACAGCAGGAGAGUGAGCUCGCCCAUGGACGAGGUGCUAGCCUCCCUGAAGAGAGGCUGCUUCCACCUGAGAAAAGUCGACCAGCGGCCUCUGCCUCCUUCCACGGGUGACGAUGACCCCAACAGCAUCCUGGCUCAGAUUCGUAAGGGGGUCAAACUGAGGCGCGUCCCCAGGAAAGAGAGAAAGGAUCAGGGAGAGCUCCCGGCCUCCACCGACCCCUUGACCAGGAGCAUCCACGAGGCGCUGCGCCGCAUAAAGGAGGCCUCGCCAGAGUCUGACUCAGAUGACGACGGACUGGCCGGCCAUGACUGGGAGAGCUAGGGCUUAAGGCUCAGACGCAACAAAUAAUACGCACACAGAUGCCUGCAACCUCUGGCACUGCAUGCACUGUACUGUACUGAAAAGUGCUGUGUUGUACUGUACUCUCACACGCACAUACAUGCAGUUACUCAAUCACUCACACUUAAGCACACGCAGAGCAGUCACACAUGUAUCUAGUGACUAUGCCAGGGCCUGAGUCAUGCCGAAUAUCAUCAACUUGCCGAGUACUCCAAAGGUCUAAUGGUCAAUCUGCUCGUUUGUUUUUCACACUACAUUCACCAUCAUGAAGGACGUCAUUUGUGUUUUUAUUUCUACUGUAUGUUACUGUGGUAUUAUUCCGGUUAUCAGAAUUUAAUGUUAUAAAGCUCUGCACUGGCCUCAUGUGGCUACAUUAACAUCCAACAGCACACAUUUUACACCAACACACUGCACUGACUGAAAACUCCAAACCUCAUACAGAGAGCUGCAGAGCUGUGAGGUGUGUGACUUUUUUUUUCCACUCGCCCCAAAAGAAUUAGCAAAGAGAAACUGUAACUGUAACACAAAUAUGUAAUGGGUAUCGAGAAGAUCCCACUAAGAUUUGAACUGGAUUUACUGUCCAGACUGUAAACCAUUACACCAUCACCUCUGCUGACGCUCUCUUCUGUUUUUACCAUGACUGAGCCACGCUAUGCUGCACAGCUGGUUUCGUCCCGUCACAUGUGGAUGUUUCAGUGUCAGACAGUACAAAGACCACUGCUCGUCUAAUCUGACACUGCACAAAGACUGUAAAUCCUUUAGUCUGUUGCACCAGACUCAUACCCCUCCCCCGCUCUUGUCCUCCUCCGACCUUCACCACCCCCAACUCUCGCCCCCUCUCUUGGUGCGGGAAUAUGUAUCGACCCAUCUGUUCGACCGCAGCAUAUGGCCAGGCCGGUGGGAGAUACGGAGAGUCACAGUAGGUUUAUCAUUUGAUGCCACAUCUAACAACAUCUCUGAGCAGAAGCUGGUCACCCCAAGUGGGAGAGGAUUAGAUGAAGGGUCACCUGCAGAGCUGCAGAGUUUCUUUAGCAGGCUGGAGGUCACGGUUAGUGUCGGUAAUCUUUGUAAAGUGUGGGCACACUUGGUCAGUGAUUCCUGAACUCCUCAUGUGGGAUAGACACGGCAGAGCUGUGAAGCCGGUCGCGCUCGUUUGAAUGAUGGAUGGUCUGUGGGAGGCUAUAUUCUCUCAGCGCUGUAGGGAGUCACUGUGGGCUGUGGAGCAGGCGGUCGUGAUGGAUGCGGUUUCUGCUGCCGUCUUAUUCACUUUCUCUCCUCUCUAUUGCAUCUUUCCUAAUUUCUUUCUCUGCGCUCAGUGGGCAGAAGCACACAGUAGGAGGCCUGUUACUCACAGUGCUGGGAGUGAAAACAUGCCCGUGCACACAUGGACUCACGCACUGAGUUCACAGCCGACAUGUGCGGAAACAUUUUAGUGGCAAAGUGAGUACACAGCCUCUUUUCAGAAAUGGUUUCAGCACUUUCAUGAUACAUAGUACUUAUUCUGAAUCACUUUAUCUGUACAGUUACAAACUUUUUUUUAUCACUGGCGAAACAUUAUAUCUAGUAGAUGAGUAAGUCUAAAAGCACUGAACGACACGUGGAACUGGACCUAUGAAAGUGUGAUGGAGAGAGCAGGGGGUGCUUAGCAGCAGAGGAACUCAUGCACAUGUUAACAUGAAGCAAAAAGAUUUGACUUCAUGAAGCUCUGAGUCUAACACAGCCUCAGCAUGCACUGUCUUAAACAGCUUUGAUUCAAAGAUUUGUGCUUUUUCCUCCUGUGUUGAGAGCCAUCUGAUUAAUAAAUCAUGAAUCAGGAACUGAUGUAGAAAGACCAGGCAUGAAGGUAUAUGUCACAUUAUACAGCUUGAAAAUAGCUCAGUGCUAAAGAGAGUUUAUUAUUUUCCUGGCAGAGCAAACCUGAGGCACUUUUACACGUCAUCUGUCACUGUCAGCACAUUGUUUGUCCACGGUACCCUCAUCAUGUAGCAUGAGACAGAGAUCUAACCCUGACUGACUCUGAACGUAAAGAAAUAUUUCACCCACAAAAUGAUCAGCUGUAUAUCAAUUACUCACCCUGUGUUACGUUGAAUUCAUGAAGAAAGCUUUUUUUUUCCUCACAUGCCUCCACGGUGAACGAAGAAUCCAAAACCUGGGAACAUUCUUGUUGAACUGCAUUAAAAACAGCAAAACUAUAACAAAACGUCUGUUGACAAACUCUCACACAGCUUAUGUAGUAUAAUCCAAGUCAUAUUCCCCGGUUGUAUGCUCAGUACUCACCAGUCAGACAGCCCUUUCAGACAGGGAACUGAACUGACAGUGAAACUCAUCUGUGCUCUCCUCAAGGCCAGACUCCAUUAACAAAAACAGUAAUUUUGACUGGUAAAGCAUGGAAGCUGCUGGUCUACCGCUGCCUCGAUGAGUUAGUUUGUGUUCAUUUUAUGACUUUGGUGUUUCAA